AUGAAGCGCUUCUUCUCUCGCAAAAAACUGAGAAAGUCGAAGAGCGAUUUUACGGGUGAGAAGACGGAAACGGAACGGCACGAGCAUGAGAACGGAGCAGCCGGUGGGGCGCCCGCACCAUCGGAGCCAGUGCCCAUCCCUCAGUCCAAGUCGACUAAUAUUGUUCAGUAUGUCUACCACUUUGACAACGUCGUUCCUAAGACGUUGAUUACAGUAACGUAUCGAAUUCGUACGGAGAUGAUUAUGAAGCGGUUUGCUCGUCAAUCGGAGAAGAAUCUCGGAAGAACUUUGACGCGCAGCUCGACAAGCACAUGAUGCAAACGAUCACCGAUGUGAAGUACAUGAUCAAGCAUAGCAAGUACACGGCUCUCAGUGAGUUCAAGCCAAUUUUCCGGUACUUAACUUACUCCAUGGUUUUUCAGGCGAAGUAAACUUCCAGCGAGCAUGUCUAGACGCGCAUAAUGAAUGCCGGCAAAGGUUCGGAAACGAGCACUUGUGUUGGUCGACCGAGUUGGCUGAAAUGGCUCAUGCGUGGGCGGUCAAACUGGCGGAUCGAGGGAGGAUAUUGUAUCCAGAGCUGCCGGGCAUCGGGGAGAAUAUCAUAAUGAAAGAGGCCAACGAACAAUCGCAUCUUCCGACGGGGCAGGAAGUCAUUCAGGAGUGGGAAAAAGAGGCGCAGUUCUUCGAUUUUGACAAACCGAGAUGGAAUCCAAGUGAGAUUUGAUCUUCGAUUGCAAAAAAAAACACAUUUGUUUUCCUUUCCAGAAUGUCAGCGGUUUUCGCAAGUAGUGUGGAAAGACACGUCUGAACUGGGAGCCGCCCGGUACUGGAACACGGCGAACAACUGCGUGGCAGUAGUCUGUUUCUACCGACCGGCCGGCAAUUCGAAUGCUCCCGGCGAGUUCGCAUCGAACGUUCCCUCGCGAGAAUGUUCGAUGUCUCCCAUCCGGAAUCUCGGCACUCAACUCAAACGCCACGUCACGAUCUCGACGCCGGAACGGGCGGUUGUCUCCAAGUAG